AUGUUAUUAAUCUUAAUAUUAUUCGUUCAAUUGAUCAAUGGUAUAAAGAUCAAUAAUAAAUUUAUUGAAGAACCCGAUGAUGUUGAAACAAUUAUUGGAUCAACAUUAAUUUUUCGUUGUCGAACAGAACCAAUUCAUCAAAGUCAAAUAACUUGGUGUAAAAAUGAUUUUUGCACAUUAGGUAAAACAAGAGAUUUACCAUUUUAUCCUCGAUAUCAAUUCAUUGGAAAUGCUGAUCAAGAAGAUAUUGGAAUGUAUCAAUGUCAAAUUCGAGCAGGACAACAAACAGCUGGUGUAAUGUCUCGUAAAGCAAAAUUAACCGUUUUACAAAUUCCAACAAGUUUAUUAAUAGAACAUGUUUUAUCAUUUAUUGUAUGUCGAGCAAAUAAUGCAAUGCCUGAAGCGAAAAUUUCUUGGCAUUUUCCAAAAUCAAUUAGUUACAUAUCAAAAAAUGAUUACGCUCUUUUAUCUGGCCAAGCAUUAAGAAAUUCAAUUUCAAAUCUAACAUUGAUAGCAAAUAGAUCUUCUCAUGGAAUAUUAAUUCAAUGUCAAGCACAUUCAUCUGCUAUUCAAACACUCAAUAAAACAAUGAUAACUCAACAAUAUAUUCAAACAAUUUUUCGACCUGAAAUAAAUAUUAGUUUAAUCGGUAAACAAAUAGAAAAUAAUAUCAUAUAUAUUCAAUGUAAUGUUGAAUGUCGACCUAAUUUGAUUAAAAUUCAAUGGUUUAAUGGAAGUUCUCUAUUAAAUAUAACAAAUGAAAAUCGCUUAUCACUUUUAUUAACAAGAUAUAUGAAUAAAAAUAAAAUAACUUGUCAAGCAAUAAAUCAAGUUGGAACGACUAAUCAAUCAAUAAUACUUGAUAUUAUUUAUAAACCAAUAUUUAUCGAUACAUAUAGAAAUCAAUUAAACAAUUCUUCAAUUACUUUAGUUAAUGAAGGAGAAUCAAUUGAAUUAGAAUGUCAUGUUGAUUCAUCUCCAUCAUCAUUGAUAACUUGGAUAUUUAAUGAAGAAAUUAUUUUAUUUAAUCAAACUUCAUUGAAAAUUGAUUAUGUUCAAUCAAUGCAACACAUUGUUUUUUUUAUAUAUGUAGUGCACAUCAUUCAUUAUUUGGAAUAUUUAAUAGAACAAUUAGACUUGGAUUAA